CGGUGACGCGGCCCGAGGGCGGAAGUGAAAAAGUUGCCGGCGCCCCGAGACGAGUUGGCGGAGUUCUGCGUGCGGCGCGGCGAUGGGGGGCUCGGGCAGUCGCCUGUCCAAGGAGCUGCUGGCCGAGUACCAGGACUUGACGUUCCUGACCAAGCAGGAGAUCCUCCUAGCCCACAGGCGGUUUUGUGAGCUGCUUCCUCAGGAGCACCGGAGCACGGAGGAGUCACUGCACACACGAGUGUCCUUGGAGCAGAUCCUCAGCCUUCCAGAGCUCAAGGCCAACCCCUUCAAGGAGCGAAUCUGCAGAGUCUUCUCCACAUCGCCAGCGAGGGACAGCCUGAGCUUCGAGGACUUCCUGGACCUCCUCAGUGUGUUCAGUGACACAGCGACUCCAGACCUCAAGUCCCACUAUGCCUUCCGCAUCUUCGACUUCGAUGAUGAUGGAACCCUGAACCGAGAAGACCUGAGCCAGCUCGUGAACUGCCUCACGGGCCCAGGCGAGGACACGCAGCUUAGUGCUUCAGAGAUGAAACAACUCAUUGACAACAUCCUGGAAGAGUCCGACAUCGAUCGGGAUGGCACCAUCAACCUCUCAGAGUUCCAGCACGUCAUCUCCCGCUCACCAGACUUUGCCAGCUGGGACCUCCGGGGCCGCGGCUGUGGGUCGGAGGGGGCCUCGCUACGUGGCCCGCUCCAUCGCUCCCGAGGGUCGGGCGCCACAGUUGUGUUCCGCGAGAAGCGGAGGCCCGGCUGA